GAAUUGAUGUUAUCUUUAAAUUCUUGUUAGACUUGUCAUCCUUUAUUUUUCCUCUUAAUUGCAACCCAAGAACAGAUACCAACAGAGUACAGCCAGUUGCGAUCGAUGCUUCCUUUGUAUAAUUGUAUCCCUAGGAAAGCAAAGGAUCGCCUCAGCUUUUUCUUACUACACUGUUUUGAAAGCCAUUAGUUCCAAUCCAUCUCCUUCCAGUUCAGAGUUUCUCUCUUUGGUCCGCCUUUUCUUUUCUCUUCUCUUGUUGCAGAGAGGAAGAAUGAGGCAGCUUUACACCAGAAGCGGAAGCCUCAAGCGCUUUCUUUCUACCAUUGGACGGAGGAGCAAGGAGGAAGAGUGCAAAGAGGAGGCCGUCUCCCCUGUUCCCGACUUGAAACCGCCCCUGAAACCGAGCUGGAGAUGCUUCGCCUACGAAGAAAUCUACAAGGCUACCGAUGGUUUCCACAAAGAUAACGCGGUGGGCAGAGGCGGGUACGCGGAGGUGUACAGGGGAGUGCUGGAGGACGGGCAGGUGAUCGCCGUGAAGAGGCUGAUGAGGACUUCGUCGGACGAGAAAAGGGAGAAGGAUUUCCUGACGGAGCUCGGCACCAUCGGCCAUGUGUGCCACCCCAAUGUCUCCCUUCUUCUGGGCUGCUGCAUCGAUCGUGACCUCCAUUUGAUCUUUGAGUUCUCUUCUCGCGGUUCCGUAUCAUCCAAUCUCCAUGAUGAGAAUUCACCGCCGAUGGCUUGGGGGUUGAGGUACAACAUAGCGCUUGGAACGACUAGGGGACUUCAUUACCUGCACAAGGGAUGCCAGAGAAGGAUCAUCCACAGGGACAUCAAGGCCUCAAACAUCCUCCUCACUACAAACUUUGAAGCCCAGAUUUCGGAUUUCGGCCUUGCCAAAUGGCUUCCGUCGGAGUGGGCUUAUCGCGCCGUCGGGCCAAUACAAGGCACAUUUGGUUGUGUGGCGCCGGAGUACUUCAUGCACGGUAUUGUGGACGAAAAGACCGACGUCUUCUCCUUUGGUGUCUUCCUGUUAGAGAUCAUAUCGGGUAGGAAGCCGGUAGAUGGCUCCCAUAAAAGCUUGCUUAGCUGGGCGAGGCCUUUUCUAAAUGAUGGCAUGGUACAAAUGUUAGUCGAUCCAAGAUUAGGAGAUGAUUACGACAUGGAACAGCUCAAAAGGGUCGCCUUAUCGGCCUCUCUUUGUAUCAGAGCUACUGCAGCUUUGCGACCUUCCAUGACUGAGGUAAUGGAGAUCCUGGAGGGUGGCGAGAUUUUGCAAGAUCGAUGGAAUAUGCCGGAGGAGGUCGAGGAAGAAGAGUUUUGGGGCUUUGAUGAUCUCGACGAGGAUGACGACGACGAAUAUUGCAAUACUGCAACAUCUUCAACUGGCAGCUCCUAAACACAACCGUAGUUUCCCAUUUGCAGUACUGGAUGAAUACUGAUGUAUAUAAAUAUAGAAUCUUAUAUAGUAAUAGGUUUGACAAUUUAAAGCGCUGCUGUAUCUUAAGUUGCUAGGUAAAGACCUUCUCCACUAAACUAAUAUGAUUAGUGUACAGAUGUGUAAAUUAAGUAAGCGAGAACAUGCGUACAGCAAUUGUAUUACGGCUACCUCGGAGCAAAGUGGAAAAGGAUUGAUUAGUUGCUUAUCUGCAUAGGAAAGUG